AUGAGCAACCUAUUUGAGCGGUUCCAGCGGUACAGACCGCCUACAUUCGCAGGCACCCACCGCCCUGAGGAAGCGGAGUACUGGCUCAAUCGAGUCACCAAAUUGCUUAGGCCUCUCCAUUGCACAGAAACAGAGAACGUGGAACUCCUCUCCUACCUUUUUGAGAAAGAGGCCGACCUAUGGUGGGAGAGCGUCCUCUGCUCUAUCUCCGAGGACCAUGUGUGGACGUGGGAGGCGUUUGAGAUCCGCUUCAAUGAAAAAUAUCUCCCUCAGACGUACCGGCAUGAGAGAGAGAAUGAAUUCCUCCGCCUCCAACAAGGGGGAAUGACUGUAGCGCCAUAUGAGAAUCGGUUUACAGAAUUGUCACGUUACGCUUCCGAGAUGAUCGCCAAUGAGGCGAUUAAGAUGAGGCGAUUUUCAGCGGGGUUGAGGAGCGGUAUCCGCUCUAAGAUGUGUUGUGCCAGCAUUAGAACAUAUGCCGAGCUCAUUAAGAUGUCGGCCUGGGUGGAGUAG